AUGGCCACACUAUCAUACAUUGACCAAGCCGACCAAGGCGAGAGUGGCUACUUUAUACGGCACAACAUCUCCGAUUUAGUGUCGUCAUUGUUGGAGCCUGUCGAUGCCACCGAGGGUUUGCGCAAAAUCAGCCGCCUGGCCCAACUCCUUCUACUGUCUAACCAACUUGACCAAGCUUAUGCCCUCCUCUGUGCCUUGCAUGAGCAUCAGGAGGCCAUACUCUCGCCGUCAUCCUUGAGCAACCAUGCGUUGCAGAUGGCAACUCGGCCGUUUAGCCAUUUCUGGGAGGCCUGCCCGACAUACCCCUAUCCCGGAAAGGCGCCAGAGAAGCCCGAGAAUCCGGACGCCGCGUCCGCUCGGAGGAAAAACCAACAGUGGCACGAGUACCGCGAAUGCACCCGCACUGGCUGGAUGCUCGAGCACUGCAACUUGCCCGAGCCGGCAGACCCACACACAUGGCGGGAGACGGACGACGAGCCCAUGAUUGCAAUGUGCGCGCGGCUGCUGGCCAAGGACAAGACGCCGGGCCAGUACCCCAGCGAACAAAGAAUGCGGGAAGCUCUCGAUGCGGCAAACAAGCUAUACGCACAUCCUCAGGUUCCAAUCACGGAGUGGAGAUCCAAUCGGGACCGAAACAAGACUGUCAGGAGACACUCUUACCUGCUCUAUCGAAGGCUGGUGGUGGAGCUAGCCAUCAGGCUUGGGGAGCUUGAGACUGCUGCCGAUAUCCUGUCUAUGGGACUCAGGCUCGAUGGUUUCAACGAUUUUGAUGGGGGCCAGUUAGACCGGUAUCUAGUUCUGCCGGGAAUUUACGACGUCCUACCUCUCUUGGCCAAGAGGGGAAAAGAAGGCAGUCCUUUUUACAUUGAAAAAGAGGACGCUGAUGCCAUAGUCAAAGAGGUCAAGGCAGCCCUGGAGUUACGUGCACGAGAUGGACGGCAAUGGUCACUCGCGCCGGAAAAGGUUGGCUGGAAAGAGUUGCUAGACAGACUUUCUAAGGGGGCAUGGGCAGUGAACCGCACAGAGUAUGAAGAGCAAGGACUCACCUGCGCCGAAGACAUUCUGCAUCCCCCAGCGACGGAAGAGGAAAUCGCAGAAGCAGAGGCCAAGGUUGGCGAACUACCACCCGAUUUCAAGGAGAUGGUCCGCGUCGCAAAUGGUUUCUAUGGAGGCUGGCACUUCCUCGGCGGCGGCAUCAACGGUCUUGAGGACAUUGAUCUGGCCGAUGAUGAUGUGGAGAACUUCAUGUGGUCCAUGAACCUUGACCUAGACGAGGAUGUUUAUUCUAAAGUCAUUGCCCUCUCGCCCGCAACAGAGUCCGAUGGAUACAUGCAUUUCAUGGUCUCGCCAGGGAAUUGGCGUAACCCGAGCAAUGGCGAGAAUUUCAAGGAUGGAGAAUAUCCUUACUGGCAUUGGGCCUCUUGGCUAUGUUCUGAUGAUGUCUGGUACAGCUUCCGCGACUGGGUUGCCAGCGAAGUCGAGCGCGUCGAGGCAAUGCUAUCACUCGCGGUCGUCUCAAUGGCAGACUUUACAGCGCGUCGACGACAUAAUAUCAAACAAAACGAGCUUCUUCUCGACCAAAUACUACCACUGACCAAUAUUGAACCUCGAGCUUCUGAGCCCAACACUAGCACCAAAAGCAUCAAACGGAAGGCCAAUUCAAGUCGUGCCCCUACGAGACAGUCCAAACGCAUAGCCACAGCAAGCGCAAAGCCAGUUUACAACGACGAUCAGCAAGUUGGGACAUCUACGCCGCGCGGGAAUGCAAAGACUAGCCGGCCUGGCAACACCAAACGAGCUCCCUCAGCAUCGGAUUCAGGCCCUGGGUCAGAUACCGGAUCGUCCAAGGAUGUCAAGGCAAUCAUAGCUGGAUGGACUGCGUGGACACCUGAAGCCGGGGAGCCUUCCCGUGAUGACGCCGGUACGUUUCAUUUCGAGUCACACCCCGAUUUUCGCCCCAACAAAUCGCCCGAGGAGAUCAUCCGCGAGGGAAGCUUCGGUGGCUCCUACUGGCGGCCGCUAUUCUCAAAGCGACUGCGCAUCACGGUGCAGGACGAUUGGAGGGAACUGCCAGCAUCAUGGACAGCCGGGCUGGACGUGGAUACGUAUCUCACCAGCGCCGCGUACAGCCCCGAGGUGAACAAGUACGGCGUCUCAUGUGGGCAAAGCAUUGAGGAAUGGGAGGCAGCCGGUUGGAUCGCCCAUGAACACGAUGUCCGCGGCUGGUUCCAAUGGUACUGUCGCUUCUGGAUGGGCCGCCGUUGCGCCGAUGACGGGCGACAGAUCAGUCGCUGGAAGAAGUGCGUAGGGCAGACGGGCCGCUGGCGACGGACUCUGCUCAAGAAGUACGUGGCAUUGGGAAUACGCAGCGUGUUCGCCGAUGACGAUGACGACGAUGGCGUUGGUGAUUUGAGCCCUGUAGUGCACCAGACAUGCCACCACUGGGCCUAUGAGGUUCGCCAGGACGCGCUGGAACGAUUCUGGGCAGAGGGAAAAUGA